AUUUAUACUUGCCUUAGAAUUGACCAUAGGCUCAUAAGAUAAAAUAUUGCUUAUUUAGCAGAUUUUGGUUUGAGAGAUAUCGGUCUUGGCAUAGCGAAUACUGUGCGAUCUUCCACCAGUGUCCUAGCUUUGUGACGUUUGACAUUGCACAUAAUGGGAAUUUUCGAGGUGGACUGAAAAUCCCAUCCGGGCUUGAUUAUCUGCAUACCGAUUGGGCGCGGGAAAUGCGCAGGAUUGCGUAGUAAAACGCGUGUGAUUGUUAUCGCCACUUGUUUACGACGGAGCGGUAUCUUAUUCUUUGCGUACAGUAACUGCUGUACCUGUAAUGUCUUUUCGUGGAGGCGGACGCGGCGGCGGCGGUGGACGCGGCGGAGGUUUUCGUGGCGGCGGUGGAUUUCGCGGCGGAGACCGUGGCCGCGGUGGCGGUCGAGGAGGAUUCGGAGGUCGCGGGAAUUUUGAUCAGGGACCCCCGGAAAGCGUCAUUCCCUUUGGAUACCUCACGCAUACUUGCGAAAAUGACUUAGUGGUGAAAUCUUCGAUGGAAAAAGUUCCGUACUUUAAUGCCAAUUUGUAUUUGGAAAACAAGGAAUCCAUCGGCAAAGUCGAUGAAAUAUUUGGACCUAUUCGCGAAUAUUCAGUUUCCGUCAAACUGGGCGAAAAUAUGAAAGCUGCAUCGUUCAAAACGAACGAUAAGUUUUUUAUUGAUCCUGCGAAAUUGCUGCCUCUGGAAAGAUUUCUCCCAGGUGCCCCCCGAGGUGGUGGUGGUCGCGGCGCACGGGGCGGUCGUGGGGGACCGGGAGGCCGCGGUGGUGGUCGGGGUGGAGGACGGGGAGGAUUCGGUGACCGGGGCCGUGGUGGAUUUACGCCGCGCGGUGGACGUGGAGGUUUCGAUCGCGGCGGUGGACGCGGCGGUGGAGGUUUUGAUCGCGGUGGUCGCGGUGGCUUUGAGAGAGGUGGCGGACGAGGAGGUGGCGGAUUCGGCAAUCGUGGAGGUGGAAGUAAUUUCGGUGGCGGAGGUGGCGGGGGAUCUGCUCAUAAGAAGUUCCGUUUAGAAUGAAUGUUCAUAUAAUAUUACUUUGUAAUUUUCAUUGUAAUAGUAAUUUUCCAUUGUUUUUUAUUAUUUCGUAGUAAUCUGUAUCAUAUUGUCUGUAAUGUGUAGACUGUAUACUUGUACGCUCGUA